CGUCCUCCGUCCUGGAAGAAUACAAAACCCACAUAUUUACGCGCGUGACUAAACUUUUCCUCUUUAAAACAGGGGUGAAACGGAGCUUUUUUUUGCUUUUAUAUACUGCCCUGGCCAUGGGAGAUCACAAGGAGCCGACCAUGGUGCAGAGGUCGAGUUCGUUUAGCAUCAAGAGCCUCCUGCUGCCGUCCAAGUUUGACAGGCAGGGCACAGGGGGCGCGGAAAAAAGCGCGACUCCAGAUCCGGAAAACUCCUCGGAACCGACGGAAAUGGACUCCACUCCCACGCAGCAGCGAGUUGAGGAUGAAUCAGGACCUGGUUCGGAAGUAGGGCGAAAAAGCAGCAAGCACGACAAACCACCGUUCAGCUACAACGCGCUCAUCAUGAUGGCCAUUCGCCAAAGUCCUGAGAAGCGGCUCACCCUCAACGGCAUUUACGAGUUCAUCAUGAAGAACUUCCCGUACUACCGGGAGCACAAGCAAGGCUGGCAGAACUCCAUCCGACACAACCUCAGCCUGAAUAAGUGCUUCGUGAAAGUGCCGCGCCAUUAUGACGACCCGGGAAAGGGUAACUACUGGAUGUUGGAUCCGUCCAGCGAUGACGUCUUCAUCGGUGGAACUACGGGAAAACUCCGCAGGAGGUCCGCGACAUCACGGGGUAAGUUGGUGAUGAAACGAGGCCUGCGUUUCGCCCCGCUCGGACUCGGACUCGGCGAGCGCGCAAGCAACCCGCUUUGCUGGCAGCUUUCUCCGUUUCUCCCCAUACCUCGGGCGCACUUUAACGGACCCGCGCACGGGUUUCUCAACCAAGGACACGCCUACGGGUCCCUGCUCCCCAGCCUGGAGCCCAUCACCACCGGAGACAUCGCACGCCCUGUGCUCGGACCCUCUACGUCGGGCGGAUACGGCUCGAACUCAGCGCCGACGGGAUUGCUCUCAGCGCACAACGGCUACUUUGUUGCGGGGGCGCAGCCACAGGCGCUCCAAACCGGCCAUGCUGCUUACGGUAUCUCGGGCUCUCCACCGCCGCUGCUCGCGGAUUCUAGGACCACUUUACCAUCUUUCUCCUCAAGUGGCUUCUCGGGAGUUUUGUCACAACAUAAAAGACUGGCAUCGCAUUCUUUCUUGAGCUGAGCGACUUUUUCAGGUUUAACACACAACACACACAAAAUGCCGACUGUUGAAUUAACGACUGUAGUACAACUGGAGCUAAACAACGCUGUGAGUUGCAUCUCAGCGCUACUAUUCCAUUCAUCACUGAAGCAGUUGCUUUAAAUGUGUAUACGAACAUUUAUAAAACUCCAAAUUUAAUUAAACACCGGAUUUUUUUUGCAGCGCAUCAGAACCGAGUGACGUAAA